UUGCAGGCUUUUCGACCUCAUCGCAGACGUCAUGCUCGUGAUUCUUCGAAGCAGACGAAGUAUGUGGAGUUAGCACUUGUUGGAGACCAUGAAUAUGUGAAACAACACAGUUACUCUGACGACGACUCACUGAUGUACAUGCUGGAAGCGAUCAACAUCGCCGAUUUGGUCAGUGGAAUAAUUUAUUAA